AUGGCUGCUAACAAAGAAAAAAGAAUCAUCAUAGUCUCACAUCAAGAAGAAGAAGAAGAAGAAGAAAAAGAUAGAGAUCCAGGCAAAGCAGAAACAGUAAAUCGAGGAACAUCAGAAGUAGUAGUAGUUGGUGGUGGUGGUGGAGGAGGAGAUUUGAUUGGACGAUUCAUCACCACUUUUAACAAGUGGUUCGUCAACAAAGAAUUGAAAUCAUCGGAGCCGCUUCCACCGGAAGAAAAAUUCUCCGGGAGCAGAACCUCAUACUUAAACUAAUGAGAGCAAAACCCUAAAGUUCAC